AAUGGAAUUGACAAAUAGUGACCAUAGUUGACUAAUAUACAAAUCCACCUCUUUUUCUCCUACAAGGUUUCUUAGAGAAACAAAUGGAGGACGAAAUACGAAAGCAAACACUUCAUUCAAAAUGGGAAUUAUAUGUUUCGAAAAAGGAAAGGAGUGCACUAGAGGACUACAUCAAAGAAUUCAUCAAUUUUUACAGCCACUACUUUGACCUUGAUUUUCAACAUUUGAGUGAAGGCCUUUACAAUGAAAGUCCUCAUUUAACUCAGCAUCCAGAAUCUAUUCUAGAUUGUUUAGGCCAAGCAACAAAUUUCUGCAGUGCAGAUUUCAUCCAAACUUUUGACCUGGAAAGUUUGGAGUUGUUUGCAGCAGUGUUAAAGUGCCUUGUUAUUAUAUGCAGAAAUUAUGAUAAUGUUGUUUUGGUAGCGUCUUGUGAUUUUGUAAAGCACUCUGUACAUUGUACUCAGGUUAUUCUUUCAAAACUAUGCAGUCAGACAGAACAACUAGAUGUAAAUACAGUGAGCUCAUUCGUCUCUUUUGUUCAAAUUGUCCUUCAUUUCUUUGAAUGCUUGUAUGACCCAUAUUUUGUUUGGCGGAAAAGAUUAAAAGGGUGGAUAGUUGAUGUAGAGCAAUUGCUAUCAAAGCCAGCAUUAGUGCAUAAUGAAGUCAUUCCAUUUUUCCAUGAAUGUUUUCAAAAGCCUAGUCUUUCAUAUGAGCUGCAGUUUUCCCUUCUCCAUAUGUUUGGGGCUGUUAUGUCUGGAUCUCAGAGUAAUGCAACACUGACUGUCACCCCAGCUACACUGGAUGUGCUGCUGUCCUUGUUGUCUGGAAGAGCUGCAUGCUAUGCCAAUGUUCCAGCUGAUUCAAGGAUAGAAAUCCAGUGCAUUGUUCUGCGCUGCGUUGUUAGCAUGAUACACACCAUCCAUGGUUGCAGCCCAGAUGAGCGCCAGGUUGAGGUACCAGAAGUGUUGUCUAACUAUGUCCAAGUGAUGCUAAAUAUAUGUUCUACUGGUCAAGAAUAUCAGAUGCUUGUAUUAAUGAUAGAUUCUAUUAGUGACAUGUUAAAUUGUGUGGACAAACUAGCACUACAAGCAUUGCUCAUCAGUGAUGAUAUUUUUGAAGCACUAGUUUCAUUGAUCAAAAAAUCAAAACUCCAGGGUAAAGAGUUUCAAGUUCUUGCUUGUUCAGUUGUAAGAGCAGUUCAGGCUUUGCUGACAGGCUCUUCAGCAUCAAAGGCCAUGUUUGAAAAAUGUGUAGGGUUUAAAGAAUUUUUUGAAAUUUUACAUGGUUGCGAGCAACCUACAAUAGAACUUCUGAUGAGCUUGUUGGAUUUUGUUGUGGAAAGUUCAUAUGUAAAUACAAGAGUUCAUGUUAUACGAAAUGCUCCUGUUGCUGUGUUUUUAAUUGAAUGGUUGAAGUCCAUACAAUCACAUGACAUGCAGGUGUGGUUGAGUGAAGAAAUGAAAAAGUUGUGUACAGAGAGCUAUGGCAACCGCAUGGCUUGCUGUAAAGGGAAAAUGGUUGGUGUAGUCAUAUCAGUUUUAUCAGAGCAUAGCAAGCUGCAGUUUAAAACUGUGGGCCAUUUAAUUUAUAUUUUGGAGAGGCUGGGUAACCUAUCAAUAUCAGCUGGUGAAUUAAAAAGUUUAAUCUGUCUUAUGAAACCUGGAGAAGAUAAAAAACAGUACCCAUACACGACACGGCUAAUGAGGGCCAUCUCCACUAUGGCAAGACGAGACGGGAUCUGUGGUCCACUUCAUUUCUUUGACAUUCAGAACCUUUCUGAUGCAAUCAAUUUACCAGGGACUCGGAAGUGGCCUGGUGCAGCCUUUUCCUUUUUUACUUUGAUGUGCUUAGAGCCAAGCCCAAGCCUUGAUAAUGUCCCUAACCUCAGGACAACAGCUUCAUACAGGCGCAUUCUUUAUAGCUUUAGCUGCAAUGGAAGCAAUGGGUUUGAGGCAUUCAUCACCCCUGACCUCAAGCUGACUGUUGCCACAUUUAGUAAAAAAGAAUACUGCUCCUUCACAGUCAACAGUGUAGUAUUGGAUGAUGGACUGUGGCAUUCUGUUUGUGUGGUCCAUGUCGCUGGACGCAGGUUCUCCAACAGCCCAGGACAGGUUCAUGUCUAUAUAGAUGGUGUUGUGAGGGCCAAUACCACCCUUAAGUUUCCAAACUUAUCUGAGCCAUUCAACAUCUGCAACGUUGGGUCGCCUGACAUAAGGACAAGAAAAGAGAGCAUCAGUGAAAUACAAGUGUACAACCCCACUGAGCCCAAGAAAGUCUCACCACUAAAGGCAAUGUUCUCAUUCUCUCGUGGCACAGAUAUUCCCACUCAAGGCACCAACCUGAACUCACAGACAAUCGGCACACAGGAAGAGACCUGGGGUCCAGCUACUUGUCUCUAUGGUCAGCUGGAGUCCAUCUGUGUCUUCCAUGAUGUACUCACCUCUGAGCAUGUCAAGGCAUUAAACAACACUGGUACCAACUCACUGUUCAGUUUUUCCAGUGAAGCAGCUAUAGCCGACCUACCUACAAAACUCUUUGCCAGAUACAGUGCUAAGGCUUGUAAAGGAAAUAUUUGUGCUGACCUUUCACCUUUUCAAAACAAUGGGAUUUUCUCAGGAAACAAGUGUAUAAACUGGGACCUGAAGGAUGUGAUCAACUGUAUUGGAGGGAUCCAAGUGUUAUUCCCCCUGCUGGAGAUGUUGGAUCAGUCCUUGCUAGAGUGGCCAGAGGAGAGUCCCAGUUCCCCGUCAAAGUUAGAGGCUGAGGAGCUGGACCUGGAUGAGUGGGCAGUUGUUGACUCCAGAGCUUCAGUUUCAUCAGAGUUGAAACUGGAACACAACCAACUGGCAGCUUUUAUCACCAUGGUCAGACACAUCCUCAAGGGGAAAUCUGUGAACAAAGACAACUUUGUCAGGGCCCAUUGUGCAUCAACACUUGGGAUGUUGAUGCAAAAGGUCCCCAAAGACAUGAUGGAUGUGACAGUGCUGAUGUCAGUACAGUACCUACAUGAAGACUGCAAUGAUGGAUCUAAUCAGAAGUCCACUCUGCUGCAGCACAUUUACCACUACAUCCUCUUUGAUUUCUCUCUAUGGAGUCAAACCUAUUUUGCUGUUAGAAUUGGACAUAUACAGUACAUAAACACAAUUAUUAAAGAUGAUCGCAAGUACUUCAGAAAGAAAUAUGGUGUCCAGUUUUUUCUUGAUGUCAUCAGAGCAUAUUACAGUUCUCCUGAAGUGAGUUGUCUAGGAGAGGAGGACAGCAAGUCUAUCCGUGUAUCCUUGCUCCAGCUGAUCAAAUUUUACUUCAUGAACAACAUCAGAGCAGAGGAACUGAACCAGCUUAUGGGCUUUCUAUUGGCUGUCAAACAGCCUACACUGCUGCUAGAAGCCAUGGACCUUCUGAUCUCACUACUAGAGAGUCGCAGCAGGAAACAGGACCAGCUGGUUCUACUGCUGUAUGAACCAGACCAGGCGGAAAUGUUUUACAAGCUGUUGACCUACCAAAACCAGCCCAUCAUUUUCUAUGAGAAGGUUGUUAAGAUUCUGCACAUCCUACUGAAAACAGAUAAAGUGUAUGAAAAAUCCAAAGCUCGUUUAAGGUUGGCAGACAUUGGUCACUGGGGCCUGGUCAACCUUAUGAUGGCAUAUGAUAUCUCAGCCCCCAUGAUCAAACGUUUCAUAGAACAAGUAUCAUUUACAGAAACCCCCCAGACCUACAGUGCUGUGCUGGCUAUCUUAGGCCUGGUACACAGCUGUGGUCUAGAUAUUAAAUCAGAGGCCAGCAGACAGCUUUUGGCCAUUAUUGUCUCCAAGUCUGGCUCCACAAAAGGAUUUGCCAAACAACUUGGUUGGCAGGAGAACAUCACAAGACUUCUAGCACUAGAAAGGAGACGCGCCUUCAGCUUGGUUGGCGCCGCUACCACUCUCCCCAACAGCACCAUCAAGGGCAGCGCCAGCAACAUCAGCGAAGACUCUGGUACACAGAACAUGCCAGGUUUUCGCCCGCAUCUCUCCCACUCGUCAUCCAUCUCUUCCUCGUCAGCAUACGACACGACGUCAGUGACAGCCACCAUCAGGUCGUGCGAGUCUGCUGACCCCACCGCCCCAGAUGCCAUCUCAGAAGUUUCUUCAACAGAACUUAACAUUCCGAACACAUCUCUUCCAGUUCUUCCAGAGUCUUUCAGCCCUGAUCAGAAUAACAGUGCUUCACCAGAUACAAUAGAGUCACCAACAAGGCCAACUGUCCUCCCCUUCCACCCAUCAUCCACCAUCAAACCCAUCCGCAAGCCCAGCGAGACGGAUGAUGUUAUAGCCAGCAUGCUAGAGGAGCCCACGCCCAACACACCCUUGUAUAUAAAGAGAAACUUUUACGACAUGGAGACCCCUGAUGUAGAUGAGGGAGAAGAUAUCCAGCAAGGUAGCAGAAGUUCAAGUGCUAGUGUGGAAGAUCUCCUCCGAGACACAUCGUCCUGUGGUGGGGACGUCUCAGCUAAUGUCAGCAACAUCUCUGUGUCAUCAUCGCCUUUUGAAGGUGACGACAGCGCUCUCGGCAACUCCCAGUCCUCUAUUGCGUCUCUGGGAAAUUCCACUGGCUUGAAUGACAGUUUAAGGAAUUCCCAAAACCUUAACGACAGCUUAAGGAAUUCCCAAAGUUUGAAUGCUAGCUUGAAGAAUUCCCAGCAAACUGAUGAGUGGAGGAGGUUCUCUGCUGACAAUAUUCUAGAAGGACUGGAUGAUUCUAGACGAGCUUCAACAGUCCUGCAGGGAGAAACUUUCAGAAAGGUACUGGAUCACAUAGGUGUCCAGCUGACUGAUGCCCUGGAACAAAGGGAAGAACUCUGCCAGAACAUCCUCAUCAUUCUCUGGUCCAUCAUGUGGAAGGGGAUAGAUGGCUCCAGUAUUGAAGUAUGGAAGGAAAGGCUUCAGGUAUUCACCUGGAUAGACGAGCUAGGUGACUCCCACGAGCUGAUCCGCCCACCUGUGGAAAUCAAGCGGCGCCUGCUGGAGAUGCUGCUCCACAACUGUACGUCUGACAUACGGUCUGCAGGGUCACAGCCACCAAUCAACUUGUCUGAAAAUGCCGUCCAGCUCAUCCGAUUGGUUCAGGGAUUUGUUACUAAAGAGGAUCUCUCUGCUGAUGUCUUUUCAAAUAGGCUCCUAGAAGAUGUGAUGUCACUCCUUGAUGCCCUGGGGGUGUGGGGGACUGAAGCCCAGGUGGCGUGGACUGAGAUGGUACACAGGGGCUUCUGUAUUCUGCUGGCUUUUUCUAAACAGCCUGAUCUAGGGCUUGUAUCAUCAGCCACUGUGAAGCUUCACUCUCUGGUCCAGACCAAACUCAUCAGCAGCUCAGCUGAGGCUUCUUACAUCUUGGGGGUGCUCAACUCUAUGGUCAUGAAGGCUAUAGAAGAAAACUCAGACAACUACUCCUACUUGAUGCCUGUCCUAAGGGCUCUCAUUGAGAAGGGGAAAGAACUCCUGACCAUCAGUAUUAAUCUCCCCCACCUGCCAAAGUCCUCAAUGAGCCAAACUUUCUUUGAUGAUUUCAAGACUUAUGUCUACAGUGAAGAGUGGCAGACUUUCAUCAACAACUAUGUCCGGCCCCAGAUGACCCACUUCAUUGAGAGCAACUUUGAAGAGGGGGUCGUGUUCAUGGCAGAUUUCUGGUCAGAGUGUCGCGAGGACAUGAUGAUGAACCACCACAAGCACAACAGGGAGAUAGGGGAGAGCAGGCUUAAGUUUAAGAACCAGAUCGAGGAAGUUUACCGUAAGAAAGCUGACCAUGAGAACAGAAGGUUCCAGAACAUGAUGGCCCAGCAAAAGAACCAUCAUCUGUUUGCCCUAAGACAGUGGCGUGCAACCAAGAGGUUCUUCACUGGAGAGAGGGGAGCCUGGAAAGACAAGAACCAGCAGGAAGUCCACUGGAAACUGUCCAACCAGGAAAACUUCCAGCGCAUGAAAGUCAAGCUGACCCAGAACUACAACUUUGACAGCCAUCUUAACGCCAGCCUUCUCAGGGAUAAUGUUGGUGUGAUAGACACAGACACCUCUAUCCAACUGGAGGAGCUGAAGAAAGUAAAAGAUGCUCUGGUCUCUAAGGAAAACAUUGCUGAUGACACACUGGGGGAUGAGGAGUGGAGUGCCAUAUCUGCCUCCAGCGCCAACAUGGAAGAGUACUCUGGCACAGAGAAACUAAUUAUCUCUGCCGACUGCGAGCUGAUUACAGUCACUGAUGACAUCAAGGGGAGGCUAGAAGUGACAUCCACUCACGUUUACUUCUUUGAUUGUAGCAUGCACAAGGAAGAAGGUGGUGAAGAUUUCAAAUGGUCGUUAUCUAGAUUGAGGGAGAUACAUUUUCGUAGAUACAACCUCAGGCGCAGUGCACUGGAAGUUUUCUUAAUUGAUCAGACCAAUUACUUCAUCAACUUUCCUGAAAAGCAACUGAGGAAUAGGAUCUACAGCCACAUCCUCAGCUUACGACCUCUGAACUUGACAUAUAAAGGUCAAAGGUCACCUGGCGACCUCUUGAAAGCUUCAGGUUUAACACAGAAAUGGGUGAACAGAGAGAUCUCCAACUUUGAAUACCUGAUGCAGCUCAACACAAUAGCUGGCCGCACAUACAAUGAUUUGAGCCAGUACCAUGUUUUUCCCUGGAUUCUGAUGGAUUACACAUCCAAGCACCUGGAUCUUGAAAACCCCAAAACUUUCCGUGACCUGUCCAAACCUAUAGGUGUAGUGAGUGCACGCAAUGAGGAGGAGGUGCGAGAAAAGUUUGAGACAUUUGAAGACCCCUCCGGCACCAUAGAGAAGUUCCAUUACGGGACGCACUACAGCAACGCUGCCAGUGUCAUGCACUACAUGGUCAGGGUGGAGCCUUUCACAACAUUACACAUAGAGCUACAGAGUGGCAAAUUUGAUGUGGCAGACAGACAGUUCCACUCCAUCCCUGGCAGCUUCUCUUCAUUGAUGGACAACCCUAAUGAUGUCAAGGAACUCAUCCCUGAGUUUUUCUACUUCCCUGAAUUUUUGGUCAAUUUUAAUGGUUUUGACCUGGGGAGGCUGCAGAUAACAAAGGAACAGGUGAACGAUGUCAAGCUUCCACCCUGGGCCAGCACACCUGAGGAGUUUAUCUACAAGCACAGGCAGGCACUGGAAAGUGAAUUUGUCUCUGCCAAUCUCCACAACUGGAUUGAUCUGAUCUUUGGCUACAAACAGAAAGGUCCUGCAGCUGUGGAAGCUCUCAAUGUCUUUUACUAUGUCACUUAUGAAGGUGCAGUAGACUUAGAUGCCAUAGAAGAUCCCAAAGAGAGGCUGUCUGUUGAAGGGAUGAUCAGAAACUUUGGGCAGACGCCAUCACAGCUGCUUAAGGAACCUCACCCCAGGAGAUUUACAUUUGAAGAGGCCGUGGCCAGGACCACCAAGUCUGGGAAACCCAUGGCCGUCUUCAACUUCCUCAAAGACCUCAAGCCUUACUUUGUGGAGGUUUCCAAUGGGAUUGACCCUCUAGUGUUUGUGAAUGUUCCCAAAAGUCAGUCCAGGUCCAUUCUACAACAGGGGAUGCCAGACAGCUUGGUUACAAUUACUGAAGACGGUAUUAUUGGCGUACAUGGGUGGCUGCCCUUUGACAAAUCUAUUCCAAACUUCUACACCUUUGAUAAGGACCCAACAAUGCUCAAUGUUAAAACCAAGAAACGUGUGGGCGGCUCCUUCUCCCCUGGCCUGAAGAUCACAGCCAAGCUGUUUGUUGUGUCCCAUGAUGCCAAGCUGCUGUUUAGUGGGGGUCACUGGGACAACAGCCUGCAGGUCUACAACCUGGUUAGGCCAAAGGUCAUCAACCACAUUGUCAGGCAUAUAGAUAUAAUCACCUGCCUAGCUUUGGACAACUGUGGAAGGCAUUUGGUCACUGGGUCAAGGGACACAACUUGUAUGGUAUGGGAGAUAAUACAACAGGCUGGUGUUAGUGUCAACUUGAGCAACAAACCCCUACAGACACUGUACGGUCAUGACUCUGAAGUGACAGCUGUCCACAUCUCUACUGAACUGGACCUGGUCGUCUCAGCCUCCAAGGAUGGCACAGUUAUACUACACACAGUCCACAAAGGUCAUUACACAAUGACCCUGAGGGCCCCCUCACAGAUGGGCUGGACACUGGACAUUCCUCUGAUGGCCGUCUCUGACACGGGGCAGAUAGUGUUGUACUGUGUGGAGAUGGAGAAACAGGCAGGAGAGGGCAGGAAGAGACAACAGGAGAGGCAUUGUUUACACCUGUACUCUGUCAAUGGUAAACAUUUGUUUAGUGAACCCCUGCAGCACAGCCUGGGGGACAUGUGCAUGUCUGGUGACCAUCUGGUGCUGGGCAACGAUGCCGGACAGCUCAUUGUCAUGGAGAUUUUUGGCCUGAGGCCAAUGACGACCAUGGAACUUUUGGUCCCCAUCCAGUGUGUCACCCUAUCCAAUGGGAGCAGUCACGUCCUGGCCGGCCUAAAGGAUGGGAAACUCAUCAUUGUUGGCAACAAGGGGAAGAAUUAGUUGCUGUUGAACAAACAAUUUACAAGUCUUUCAUCCAAGGGAAACAACCACCGGAGAAAAAUUCCAAGAGAAGUUAACUGUGGGGUGAUUUUCGAUUUGGAUAAAAUUAGAAAAUUGUGUUUUAAAUAAAUGUUUAAUUUAAACCAAAAGUAAAUACGAAAUAAACUUAAAAAUACAGUAUCAAAAACAUUUAGAUUAGGUAUUUUAAUUGUAUAACGGUUUUUUAAUGUGUAAUCUCAGAAUAUAUUUAAAACGGCCACUUUUUUUUAAAUUUUGCAAUCUGUAAAAUUUAAACAAUGGCCAUUGAUACCAUUGCUCUGACACUACUUUGUCGAAACUGUGGGCUAAUGUUUUUUAAUUUGCUGUUUUAUUACAUGAAACAAUAAAAUACCCUAUUAGUACAGUCUCAGCUACCUUUUAAUACUCUGGUAUUCUUAUGGGUUGUGUUUGCUAAAUUAAUAAGUUAAAUUUUUUAACUCAAAAGUGUAUUAUAAUAUUGGUUUUAUCCUCUCUCAUAUCAAACUGAUUUUUGUUUUAGCAUUUUUACAGCCUAAAAAAACUCAUUGUAAAAAAUAGUGUUUUUGGUUUGUUUUGUUUCUUAUUGUUGAAUAUCAUUGUGUUACUAAAAAUAACCACAUGACAAAUUGUGGUCCAACUUUUUCAAUGUACAAAUGGCUGCUGGGACUAGCUGGCAGAUCUGCUGUGAUUAGACUCAUUUUAUUCCCAUAAUUAUUUAUUAUAUAAUACUCUUUUAUUUCGUAUGAAACAAUUGUUUGGAGAUAGUUUUUGACUUAAUAGUAAAUAUGCAUAAUUGUGUGGUUAAGUGAAAUGAACAAAUGGGGCAUUAAUAAGCUUAAACCAAUGUGAAAAAUUUGUAAUUA